UACUUUUAUUAUAUAACCCUAAUUCUCUCUCUUUCUCCCCCAAUUUACUGCUAGGGUUCGUCAUCAGAAAUCCAAGGCUCUUCCUUGAAGAUGAGGCCGAUUUUCUGUGGGAAUUUCGAGUACGAGACUCGCCAAUCUGAUUUGGAGAGGCUGUUCGGCAAAUAUGGAAGGGUCGACCGCGUUGAUAUGAAAUCUGGAUUUGCUUUUGUUUACUAUGAGGAUGAGCGUGAUGCUGAAGACGCCAUUCAUGCUCUUGACAAUAGCCCAUUUGGAUAUGACAGACGGAGGCUCUCAGUGGAAUGGGCUAGGGGAGAACGCGGUCGACACCGUGAUGGCUCUAAGUCUGUGGCAAACCAGAGGCCAACCAAGACACUGUUUGUAAUCAACUUUGACCCAAUCCGCACAAGGGUUCGUGAUAUCGAGAAGCACUUUGAGCCUUAUGGGAAGGUUCUCCAUGUUCGUAUCAGGCGCAACUUUGCAUUUGUGCAAUUUGAAACCCAAGAAGAUGCGACGAAAGCCCUGGAGUGUACGCACAUGAGUAAGAUCUUGGAUAGGGUGGUAUCAGUGGAGUAUGCUUUGAGGGAUGAUAGUGAGAGAGGAGACAGAUCGAUGAGUCCUAGAAGAGAUUAUGGUCGACGAGGUGAUAGUCCGCCUUUAUAUAGGAGGUCACCUAGUCCAUAUAAAAGAGGGCGGCCAAGUCCUGAUUAUGGGCGUGCCCGUAGUCCUGUGUAUGAUAGGUACAAUGGACCCUCGUAUGAUAGGCCCCGGAGCCCUGGAUAUGGCAGAUAUCGCAGCCGAUCUCCUGUACGAAGAUCAAGGACUUAGGGGAGAGGGCAUCUCAUUUCAGUAGAUAUAUGUGGUGGUUAGAUGAAUAUGUUGUAUGACUGACUGUCUUUUUGAAAUGGAUUGGUUUAUUCCUACCGUUUGUUGGGUCUGAAAGUAAUAUGAAUCAAAAUCUUGA